UUAUUAUGCCGUCUAAAUUCUUUAUUGCGUGUUGUAUCAAUAAAAAAAAAUGUUGCGUAACGAUCGUUUACAAAACUGAAACCGGGAGAUUUAUAACUCGAGAACCAUCAGUAGUAGUAACACGAGAACCAUUUAAGCGGAUAGUUUUUGAUUUAUUUUCAAAAUGAGCGCCAUAAAGGACCUUAAAGACGUUCUAAACACAAAAGCCUUAGCACCUACCGAGGAUAUUCUGGAUACUGAGGUAUCGCCACUGACAGCACCCGGAGAGAAUUAUGGAUCAAUUAUGUUAAGCAUCAGAGCCAAAACCAAAGAUAGAGUGACAGGCAAUGAAAGAGUCCUGGAUAUUGUCGCAAAACAUGUGCCAAAUAGUGAAAUGGUUUGGAAAGUCUUUAACAUUCCUGUGACAUUUAGAAGUGAGCUGAGGUACUACUCUGACAUAGUACCGACCUUAAAUCAGUUCCUGAAAAGUCACGGGUUUGAAGAGGGCGCUGACUUCGCCGCGCCAUACUACGGCGGCCGCCUAAAUUUGAAUAAUAGCGAAACCGUUGAUAAGGACGCCGUGCUUUUGCUGAAGAACCUCAAGGAAGAUGGGUAUAGGACUGGGAAUAAGCGAAUUGGCUUGGACGAGGACAGUUUUAAAGUUACCCUGGAUUCUUUGGCCAAACUUCAUGCUUCCGGACUGGCAUUAAAGAUCAAAGAACCGGAGACUUUUCGAGAGAAGAUUCAACCGUAUUUUUAUACUUUUCAAGUCGGCGCCAUAUCUAAUAUGGCCUUUAAAAACCUGAUACACACCCUUGAACUGAACGGAUUCAAUAAAGAAGAAAUUGAAAAAGCGAAGGAAGCCUACUUGGGACAAAUGGAGAAGAGUGAGACGAGUGACGUUUGGGGCACCAUAACACACUACGACACAUGGACCAACAACGUCCUUAUUAGAUACAAAAACUCGAAACCGGUGCAUUGUGUCCUCGUAGAUUUUCAAACUUUUGACUAUAGAUCCUCCCUGACCGACUUGAUGUUUUUCGUAUUCGGAAGUCUGCAGCAACGAGUCUUGGAGACCAAGCUGGACGAGAUUUUGGACUAUUACUAUCGAACGUUCCUAAGUUACUUAAGGAGGUUAGGUUUGGACACCAAGGAGCACACACCAGAAAGUUUCCAAGCAGAACUGCCUAAGGCUAUGAAAUAUUCUGAAUUUAUGCACGUCAUGUGGAUGCUGCUGCCGAUCAUGUAUGAGAAACUGGACUCGGUAGAUGCUUUUCGACCGGAAAUGGCCGAUUCUUAUGCCGAUUAUGACGAACACCUCAUUAAAAGAAUCGUGUGCAUCACCAGGAUAUGUCUGGAUAAAGGCUGGAUAUAGCUAUAUCAUACUCUUACUAGAUUGGAUGAUCUUGACGCUGUUGCUGAAUCAAUCAAAAAAUAUAGUGUAAACAAUGAAAACUCUUUUAUAUUUAAUACAAUAAUAUUUAUUUAUUACACAUUUAUAUACACUUUA